AUGGAGAACGCACAACUCCCCAUAAGACAUAAGUCCCCCAAUGAACCAAUACCAAAGCGAACAAGUACAUCUUCCCACGUGAGACUAAAUUCAGGACAAGCGCCGAAAUUUGAAUGUGAGCUAAAAAUAUGUCUUUUUAAAAAAUUAUUGACAAAUGAAAUUCGUAUUUCACUAAAUUUAAUCAGAGAUCCAAACAAUCAUAAUUUAAAUAUAAGAUUUUCAACCAAAAGGAACAAAAUCCCACUACAGAAUUUGUUCAGAAUCGACAAAUCGAAUUUGAACCCAAAUGUAUUAUUCCAUAUCAACGAAAUAAAAUUAUUCUUAAACCAUGAAAUAUGGAUAUACUCAUCACCUGGGAAAAUUCAACCCAUAAAGAUUAUAAGUGAGUUAAUGACGCCUUUGUAUUCGCGCCAAUUCUUAGGAGAAUUCCUGAGAAAAUUCUAUAGUCUCCAUUAUGAAUCGUCAGGAGUUUUAUUCAAAGGAAUCACCUGUAAAACAUAUUCCGAAGAAACGCCCAAAAAAUAUCAAUCCCUAGAAUACACAUUAACACUGCUUUACUUCCUAACCCCCCCCUGUGGGACAUAUGACGAGAACCACAUUAUCCAAAUUACUUUAAGCAGAAAUCAACCUCCAGGCAAAUCCUAA